CAGGGCCAGGGUGGGUUGGGAAGGUCCAGCCCGGUUGCACCUGUGCCAGCGCGGGAGAGUCCCUUAUUUUAUUUUUGCGGGUGUGUGUGCUGGGAUUCUAGAAGGAAUCCAGCAUGUAGUAAGGUGGGGUCCAGUGCUAAGGGGAGGUGGAGUUAGGCGACCCUGGCAGGGAUGGAAUGGUGAGUUGUGAGAGCCGAUUUCUGAGUGUUGUUUCUAUGUGGUACAAUUUCAUGCAAACUCGAAUCAGAUGCGCUUCUUUCUGUGCCCACCUCCUCUCCCAAGCACCUCAUGCUGCCUGGAGCAGGGGCAGUGCUGUUAAGGGCAGUGGUUACUCCUGGCCCUGAGUGUGAACAGCCCAUCCUGGCUGUCUUCCACAGGAAAGCUGGCUGAGGGACAGAGCAGGAAGGAAGCAGAUGGGUGUGGAACCAGGAAGCAGCAAAGGUGGCACAGGACAUCUGAAGGGGGGCUUAGGGGUGCUCAGAGCUGGGAAGCAAUGUAACUGUUAUAGUCCAAAUCCUGUCCCCAACCCCAAAGCUGGGUCUCUUAGAGAAAAAGGAGUUUGUCAUGGCCCUCCAAUGCCCAGAUGCCAUCAGAAGCCUUCCCAGCUCUCAAAGGCAACCUCCUAAAGCUUCCCUUAGCUUUCUAAUGUGACCUUGGGCAAGUUAAUUAACCUGUCUGUGUCAACCUAAAAAUGGGAAAAUAGAAACUCCCCCCAUAGUAUUGUUGUGAGGAUGUGUUACACUAUGUGAAAUAUUAGAAUUGUCUCUGGUGCAAAGUAAACUUAGAAAGGUUUGCUGUGGUUAUUUUUCUUCCUAAGGUGCUGCGUAUACCUGCCCAGAGCUCUGGUCCCAUUCUGCCUUUUUCAUCUGUCUUAUCCACUAGACUUUGGGACCAAUGUCAGUACUGAACCCUGGCUGGCCCUGCGGAGGGGAGAGCCACACCCCUGGGGAGCCAGGUCCAUCAACCAACUCAGACAGCAAUCCCGGCCCCCCGCCAGAGGAAGACCCUGAGGACACCUCUGCUCAGGUGGUAGGAGUCCUGCCCUUCCCUCUGAGGCCAACAUGCUGUCCAUCCUUUGGACCUCCCAUUUCAACCAUCCUGGAGGAUCCUGAAGUUCUGGACGUUGACACCAGCCAAGCCUCCAAAUGGCCUGGGCUUCGGAGCCUCCUGCAGCGGCUUCCUCCACAGGACAGGUGGGUGUGGAGAGCUACUCAUCCUGCGGCCACCCAAGACAAGCCUCAAAACUUCUGGCUUUCUGGGCUGCUUUAAAAGGUCUUUUGGAAUAGGUAUUUGUAUAUUCUGAGUAUUAUUUACAUUCAUGCUUUUACAUCAUCUGAAAUUUAUGUUUUAGUUGGCUGUGGUGAGAGUAUGCCUCAUUUUCUUCCUGGAGGGAUAACCAGUCGAGUCAGCAGCACUUACUAAAUAAAGUGCCAUUCUUUUCUCACUGAGUUGGAAUUCCACCAUUGUUAUAUAUUAAAUCAAAUCUAUAUUGGGAUCUGUUUUUGUGUUUUCUUCUGCUUCACUGAACUUUUCAACAUUUCUUGACUCUUCUUGGAAAAGUGUUGGCCGGGGUCAGAGUUCUGGAAAAGCCCAUCUUCCCCAUGUCCUUGACCAGACCUGAAGGGUGGGUGGCCCAGAUUACUGCAUACACCUGGCAAGACUCCCCACCCCUGCAUCCACAGGGCUGUUGCUGCAUUGUGUUUAUAUACACUUCUCUGUGCCCUGCUUUUCUCCCUGCCAGCCUUGCCAGUCACUCAGCCCCACCACUACUCUGCUGCAGCCGCCAGGACUAAUCUCAUUACACACUGUAUCCCUGUUUACGUCCCUAGUCAGCCACCUCCCUAAAUCGAAUCCCCAUCUGGCCCUGCUUCCCCUUCUCUCAUCCUGUCUCCCACCGGCCUGCUAACCACUGAAACCCUCCAAGAAGCCCCCCGAGCUCAGGCGCGGGAAGGGCCCCAGGGUUUGUCC